CUUUCAUCAGUUUCCCAUUGAUAGGCAGCUAGCUCACUUGAUACAGAUUCUUGCCUUUCCAGGGUUGCAAGCUGCUCCAUAUUCACCCCUCGCCGUCUGAUAUCCUGAUAUCUGUAUAUAAUAAUGUUUGUUUUGGUUUUUGUGUUGUGGUUAGAUGUACAGAAUCGGGCCUAGCGUGGCCGGAGCGCUGGCUGCGGCUCUGAUCCUUCUUCCCGCCGUCUCCAUCCAUUUAUUGUUCACUAAACCGUCAGUCCCCUCGCUAACGCACAACAUCCAACCUCACGUCUGUCAUCUUUCUGUCCGCUAACACCUAUCGUGGUCAUCAGUCCUAUUCACUCAACGCCCAUCAGAUCGCCUAUCUUACCCCCAUGAUUUAGCCAGCUAUAUUGUCUCGCGAUCCCUUAUCACCCCCCUUACCCUCUUACCCUCUUCCCCUGCCUUGUACACGUCGUCACGUCUCGCCUCAAUGGGCUGUCCAUUCGACCCCUGGGGGGAUUCCUCAGAUCUCAGCUCUCCUCCAGCAUCACCAUCCCCUCCUCCAAGUUUUCUUCCAUCGCCUCCGCCAUCUCAAGACAAUUUCGGGCUCAAUUCAAGUGAUUCUCUUUCCGCAUCGCAAGACACCGCGCUCCCAACCAAGAAGAGGAGAAAAGUCGAGCCGAAGCCACGAUCAACGAAACACCUCGAUUUAUCUUUAGCGUCUUUGGCUUCCACUGAUUGCUUUGCAAACCAGACAGAUGAACUGGGCCUUUUAUUGAAGGCUCUUCAUAAAAAGCGCAAAAUUGUUGUGAUUGCUGGCGCUGGAAUUUCGGUCUCUGCUGGGAUACCUGACUUUCGUUCUUCCCAUGGCCUAUUCAAAACAUUGAGAAAGGAUCACAAACUUAAAGCCUCGGGGAAGCAGUUGUUUGACGCGUCAGUGUAUCAAGAUGACACCAUGACUUCCUCUUUCCACGACAUGGUUCGCUCGCUGUCUGGAAUGGCAGCCUCUGCUCAGCCUACCGCUUUCCACCAUCUUCUUGCUCGGCUUGCAAAGGACGGUCGUUUAAUGCGACUAUAUACACAGAAUGUUGAUGGCAUUGAGACGUCGCUGCCCCCUCUGGCAACUCAGGUUCCACUCGGCGUUAGGGCACCAUGGCCCCGUACCAUUCAGCUACACGGUGGACUUGAAAAGAUGGUCUGCCAGAAGUGCAGACAUACAUCUGAUUUUGAAGCAGAACUUUUCCAAGGGCCCGACCCGCCCUUGUGUCGAAAAUGCUGCGAAACAGACCAGUUUCGCACAACUACCGGCCAGCGAAGUCAUGGUGUUGGCAAGCUGAGACCAAGAAUAGUUCUCUACAAUGAACAUAAUCCUGACGAAGAGGCUAUCGGUUCUGUUGUUACAGCCGACUUACGUGCUAGGCCUGAUGCUUUAAUUGUUGUUGGCACCACUUUAAAGAUCCCAGGAGUUCGACGAAUUGUCAAAGAAAUGUGCCACGUCGUCCGGGGACGGAAAGACGGAAUUACUAUGUGGAUAAAUCACGAACCAGUUCCCGUCGGAAGAGGCUUCGAGGACUGUUGGGAUCUCGUCAUCAAAGGCGAUUGUGAUGAAGUUGCGCGGCAAGCUAAUAUGAAGCCGUGGGACGAUGAUAGCGACGAUACUAUCCAGGAAUGUACUGCAUCAGACGUCGAACGAGUCAAACAGGAACAAGGCCCUUUCUCUGUCGUUGUCCCUCCGCUCAAGAACUCUCAAAAGAGUACUGGUAUCCUUACACCCUCAUCGAGCCAGGAUGAAUCACUCAACGUUGAAGACCAACCGCCAAUUCCUUUCCCCCUUGCGGAUAAACCGACUAAAAAAUCCUUGUCAUCAUUGUUAUCCGGGAAACCUGGUCAGAAAGCCACGAAGCCUAGGAAACCCGCACAGAAGAAGCCGGGAGCUCCAAAGAAAGCCAGAACGAACAAUAGUCAACCAAAGAAAAUCGAUCAACAGUUCCGCAUUAGCAAGUCCAGCAAGACCACGGUCACCACUAAAAAGGCACCGAGCCCAAUCGAAAGUGAUCUGGCUAAGCCAAUGCAUGCUAUAUCACCUGGUGCGGCUCGUAAUAAUGGCCCCAUGUUUAUCGAGACGACCUCCACCCCACCUUGGAAAGACAAAGCCACGAUCUCACCAACCGGAACCAUCCCACCUGACCUUGAGAGAAUGUUAAACUAGACGCGAGUAGAGAAGAAUAUAGGAAGAACCUAGGCCCUGGCCAAUGUACACGUUACUGGAGUAUUGUUUUCUCUUGGACCUGUGUCCUUCGAACGCGCAAUUUUGCCCUUCCAUUCCCAUUCUCUUUGUCAUUACUGGUCCCUCCGCACCGGUUAUGAUGCAUGAUACCCACAUAGACUUUCGAAAUGCUACAUUACAAACUACCGCUCCUGUGAAUUCCGGGCUCCUGAUAGUUUUUAUGUUAUUUUAUUUUUCAUUUGCAGGGAGUGAGAGUGUAUAAUAAAGACUGGCUUGGGCUUAUUAUAAUAUUUUUCCUUUUGUUUCUUUGCUUUCAUUCUGCUCUGUGGUUUGUCCUUGAAUUGAAGAAAGGAGUUUGGUCUACCGGAGGGAGGUUCUGCAUGGAUUCAUGUUUUUGCUGGCUGAUAUUUUUUCUCGCACUUUUUGUUUCAACCCCUUUCAAAAGACUCUGCUUUUCGUCUUGUCCAAACUCUUGCGUGUCAGGGUGUGGGUAUCAGGUCAUGCCUGCCACCUUCCCGCCCUCUUGCGUGCAGGUCAUCUAUUCAGUCUUCCGGUCACCGUAUGGAUUUUUAUAUCUGCUCUCUUACUUUCUUUCUUUUUCCCUUCGGUCUUCAGGUACAUAAUGCGUGAUGUAAUAUCAGAUUCAACCAGCAACGGCAUCAGAGCUAUCAUUUGCAUCUACAUUUGUACAUUUGAACAGCUUUUUAAAGUCUUUCAUUUCCCUUUAAUCUAUAUUCUGCGCUUCUUCCUCAUUUUUCUUCCAUUUCAUUCCCUCUGUUCGUUUGCGGGUGCUUGGUUAUUACAGAGAGGGAAUAUGGGAGAGCAGUGGGUUUGUUCUUUCUGAAGCAACCCGAGGCUUUGUACGUAUAUAGAGCACACAUGCAUAUGAUAUCCGUCUCAGCAACUGUAUACUACUGCUCUUCACAUUGAAUAUCGUGGCGGUGAAUAGGCCCGUCCCCAGUGACCCUAUGCUUGCGAUUACUAGCAUAUCUUACACCUUUAGGUCGUCCUAUACAGAGCGGAUGUGGCGGCGUUUAGUUACUAUGGCAUUAACUUGCAAUGAUAUGCGAAGUUACCACGAAAAUGGCAUCGGCUUAUUUUAUGCAAACAUUCUGAUACUCCGGAACGAGAUACUAUGGGUGGGAUGGCAUAUUUGAUCCAUAAUAGAAAUAGUGAUAAUGAUAGGGUAAUAAUAAUACCAAGAGAGAAAUAUGUAUCUGAAGUGAUAGGACCACCGUGGUUGAUUUAACCCGCAUCACACACAGCCAUUAUCCUCGCAACUAAGUCAACAACUACAAAUAAUGGUAGUGAUAGUAAAGCUUAACACGGGGAGCAAAAAGGAAAACUAACGCGAUAACAAAGAACCAAAGGCAAACAAACAUGAGAAAAAAAGGCUGGCCAAGUACAUCUAACCCAAUACCUUAAAUACCUUAGAACCCAUAAAUACCCAAAUCACAGCCCAUCACUAUCACUAUCACUCCCCGAAUCUAGGUCCGGAUGCAUCCCUCCCCUCCUCCUCCUAGCCGUAUCACUCGCAUCAGCAUCGAUAUCAAUCUCAUCCCCAUCCCGCCCACUGUGCUGCGUCUCCUCCUCCUCCUCCUCCUCCUCCUCCUCUUCUCCUUCCUCCUCCUCCUCCUCGUCAUCAUCCAACACAUCCUCCUCCUCCAUUUCCUCCGUCUCAUCAUCACCACCAUCACCAUCACCAGCAAUAUCCCCUCCACCCCUCCCCUCCCCCUCCACCCCCUUCCCGCUACCAACGCCAGGCCUCGACCUCCCAAUCGCCAUCUCCGUGCUACCCUCGCCAUCUCGCUUCAGCCGCUUAGCACCUGGUUCUCCCCUCCCACCCUCAUCAUCAUCUUCACUUUCAUCCGCAGCAGAAACGACCCCCGCCGCACCAACGCCAGCUCCUACCCCUGUCGUCGCAACGGUGGCGGCAGAUUUGCGAUCCUUUUUCACCCUCCGCUUCUGCGCUGCGGCUUCAGUAUACACGGCUAAUUCGCGCUCGAGGCGCGGGAGGAAAGCUUCGAAUUCUAUCUGGGAAAGGGCGGCGAAGACGUCUUGUGGGGUUAUGGUUUUCUUUUCGGUUUCUUCAUUUGCGCUACGGGUGGUGGGUUAGUUAAGGCCUUUUUUUUGGAAAGAAGGGGAAGUGGGAAUUUGAAGCCGGGGUCGGGAUAAAGACGUAGAGCAAGGGCUUUAUAUAAUAGAAUGGGACAUAGGCUAGGGGAGCCGUCUCAGAUAUAUAUAGGUGUUUCCCCAACAAGGUGGCAGGAUAACGUACUGUGAUGAGAGAUACGAGACGAAUACCGUGGCGGCCUUGGAUAUUGCUAGCAACGCAUCUUUCUGUAUUGAGGUAUUCGGAGGCAAAGCGCUCUUUGCCAAUCGUUGUGUGAGAGCUCGCGGGAGGAGGUAGUCCUGUACAUUCGAUCCAUAUAUAUUUUCGAAACAUAUCAGCUUUCUCGUUCUAAGCAAUACUCUUUUCGCGGAUAGCUAGGUAAAAGGUAUGUCGGAUUAUCCCGUUAAUUUCCAUUUCCACCCCAGCGCAUCAUCAUCCACAUGCACGCAACGAUGGGAUCACCAAGACACGGAGGCCAAACAACACGAGGAGAGGAAACAAGCCAGCAAGCAAGCAAUUAACAGGUUGGUUACAGGCUGGAUAUAUAAAAUCUCACCUCAACAUUUACACCGGUUUCAAUAGGGUCCGCACCACUCCCGGUUGUUUUCGAGCCCUCCGCUACCGCGUUCUGUUCUUCAUCAUGACUGCUGGCCUCUGCGGCGGAAGACGAGGAUUUCCGCGGCGGCAUUUGGGAGGGUGUGUAGGACGUGGGCAAAUAUAUAUAUUACUGUAUAAAUAUAUACGACUUGGGAGAUAUAGCUGAGUGUGAAGGUUUUUGUUUUGGCCGUGGACUCGAUUAUUUCGGGAGGGAGAGAGGGAGGGGGGAGGUUGUAAUAUUUUCCGACUCUCUUUAAUUCACGCGUGUGUAGAUAGGGUGGAGGUCGGAGGAGCGGGGAUACGCGAAUCACUGUGCAAUCUUGCCGGUGUAAGAGAUAUUGUGAUUUAAUUGAUUCGGUUACAAUAGCGUUUGACGGAUAUUUUAUUUUCUCUCUGUCGUCGUUGAAGGCGGUAGGGGAUAAUGUGGAAGAGAUGUGCGUGGUGUUGUAUUAUUUAAUAUGAUAUGGCGGAGAGAUAUCGAUAAAUAAAUACGCGUUUUUCGGCGGCUCAGGCUUUUUGCGUACUAACGAUGUAUCUUUUUUCAACUCAUAUAAAUAUCCCAUGCCUGAU